AUGGCCCAUGAAGAAAUGCGAGCCAUGCGUUUGGAAAACUAUAGAAGUCGUCAGGAAGCCGCUAAAGGGUUUGAUGAUGACUUCGAAUAUUGUCCUUCAUUGUCGGCAGAGGAGCUUGCAGAAAUUCACCGUCAAAGGAAACCAAUAACACCUCCACAAUCUAAACGUCCUAUACCUAUCAUCGAUCCUAAUAAUAAGACACCUCUUAAUAUUACUCCUAUAAAAUCUUCUACAAGUACAGGACAUGUUUCAAUGUCUUCAGCAUUCUUUUCACGGCCAGGAUCGCCAUAUUGUCAUGGUGGCAAUUAUUCUCCAACAAUGCAACAAUAUCAGUCUUUAGCAACUCCUACCAAAGUAACAAAAUCAAUACCGAUUAUCGAUCCUAGUAGUGGAAAUAUCUGA